AUGCUGGAGAAGCAGAGGGAGGACGAGGAGAGCAAUGAAAAGCACCUGAUACAUCUGCUGACGUUGAUGGACACGGACGGGGAUCAGACGAUUACGUUUGACGAGUUCGCGGUGAGUCUGGAGUCAAAGGAGGUGGUCGAUUAUAUUUCCGCUUUGGAAGUCGAGAUCAGCGAUGCGAAGGUAUUCUUCCAGAUGUUAGAUGUCGACGGGAGCGGAAAAGUUGACAUCAUAGAGUUCAUCAGCGGGAUGCGGAAGUUCAGAGGUGAGGCCAAGAGCGUUGAUAUACAGAUGAUGAUCCACGAGAACAAGAAAUUGUUCAAAUUGGUGAGCGGGCUUGUUGGUGUGCUUUUGGCGCAGGAGGACGAUGAGUAUGACUAA